AUGGACGUUCAUCGACGCCCUUCUCCCCUCAAGAUUGACUCUGCUAAUUCCGCUUCUUCUCCGUCCGGAAUGAGCCUCCCCGACUCAUUAUUUCAAAAUCAUUGCUGCCAAUUUGGUCCUGAUCAUACCCUUGAGGAGUCUUUUGCCCGUCUGAGUAUCCCGUCCUCCAACCACUCGCCCCCGUAUUCUUCUCUCUUUAACUCAGCUCUUGAUGGCGGCGCCAUUAGACGUGGAUAUCCUAUGGAGUCAAUGCUGGAGAAAAAACUUUCAGUUCAGAAUAUUGAUUGUAAUAACCAAGGUGUUGGCGGAAUGCGACCGCAGAAUUAUUAUGUGGGGUCUGAUAUUUGGGGUUUGGAGAACUCUUGGUCGCCUUCUUAUCCGACAUCGGAUGCUAAUGAGCACUAUUCGAACUAUUUCGCGAUGCAACAAGAAGUCGGCACGAGUUUCCCGACUGUCCCACUAUCGAAUGGACAUGGAUUGCCCUUCAAGUUACUACAAGAUCACGGUCGUUUUGAUUCAGGAAAUACUAUAUCGUAUCUUUCUAAUUUUGAUAUUGAUGGCAGCCAUCCCCACUGGUUGCAGCCGUCUUCGAGUCUCCAAUCAAUCGGUGAUUUUCGCGGGAACAUGCUGUUGUUAGCAAAGCAUCAAUUUGGAUGUCGACUCUUGCAGGAGAUGAUGACUGGCUUAAAAACAGAGGAGAUUUCUUUGAUAUUUUCUGAGCUGAUUGAACAUGUGAGCGAGUUGAUGCUGGACCCCUUCGGAAAUUAUGUUUUUCAGAAGAUGCUGGAAGUCUGCACCGAAGAACAGAGGACUGAAAUCAUUCUAAUGGUCACCAAAGCUAAAUUUCAGCUUGUCAAUAUUUCUCUUAACAUGCAUGGAACCCGUGCUGUGCAGAAAUUAUUGGAACAUGUUACCACCCGGAAUCAACGAGCCAUAAUCAUGUCGGCUCUAACUCCUGGUGUUGUUGCAUUGACCAAAGAUAUCAAUGGCCAUCAUGUGGUUUUGCAUUGUCUAAAACAACUUUCAGUUGAAGAAAAUAGGCAUCUUCUGAAUGAAGUAGCAAACCGCUGUUUUGAGAUUGCAACAGAUAAAAGUGGGUGCUGCGUGCUGCAGCAAUGUGUGAACCAUGCUGAGGGAGCAAUAAAAGAUCACCUCGUGUAUGAGAUCGUACAACAUGUUUUGAAGCUAGCUAAAGAUUGUUACGGCAACUAUGUGGUGCAACAUUUGAUCUCUCUGAGGAUAGCAGCAGUUACAGAAUCUAUGCUGAUAAGGCUCCAAGGGAGCUUUGUCUCUCUUUCCUGCAAUAAAUAUGCUAGUAAUGUUGUGGAGAAGUUUCUACUUGAGGCUGGAGAGAAGUAUUCUACACCAAUAAUUUUGGAGUUGCUUCAAGACAGAUACGCUUCAAUGCUUCUUGUGGAUCCAUUUGGCAAUUAUGUCAUCAGAUCAGCGCUGGUGGUGUCCAAGGGACACAUUCGUGAUGCACUGCUGGUGCUGAUUGAGCGAAAUUCCUCAAAGAUGCGUACCAAUCUCUACGGGAAAAAGCUACUUGCCCGGUUUGACAGGGGCAACCUAAGAUUCAUCUAGACAUGUAUUAUUAUUUGUUAUAUAUUUCAUGUUUUCUGUGAAGACUUUCUUCUUUAGGGAGUCAUUCAUUUUCGAUUGUGUCCCAUUUACUUGAGAACCAACGCAAGGUCUUGAAGCAGUGUAUGUAGCAGCUCUCGUCUAUAGUGGUAAUUUGUUAGUGGAAGGUAAUUGAAAGCAAGCGGACAAAGGGCAAGUACAUAGGAGCUCAAUUUAUAUAUUACUUUGUCUUCGUACAAACGCUGCUGCUGCUGUUGUUGUAGUGGUUGUUGUC